AUGAAGAGGGUGGAAAUUAUACAAGCCUUUUUUCACGCUCAAGCCUCACAAAUACCUUAUUUAUACCGUCCUGAGCUCACUAUCAUUAUGAAAAUCAUCACACAAGUACCGGUUCCCCAAUCAACAAUCAAACAGGGACAUUAUCCACAAUUCUUUGGCAAUAUUUAUCACACUCUCCUCGCCGUCAAUCCAACGCGAGAGAAAAGAACACGACUCUUCCGGUAUCUACCCACUACACCACACCGUUUCACUGGCUACAGCAACUAUGACGGUCCUGCGCCCACGCCCCACGUUCCUAUCCAUCCUGCCCAUUCGUCCUCCCCACUGCCGCGCCUCUCGCACCCCAACAACACGCGGCCCAACACACACCCUCCCGUCACCAUCGGCGCCAUCCCCAACAUCACCAUUCCAUCUCUUCUCCCCCAGGCCUGUAACCCCCAUCCCUCCGCUGCCACACUAUCUCACAAGCACAUACCUGCCGCCCACACCGUCCGUAUUCGCGACAUCUCCGACCUCGCCUAUGAACCCGUUUCUCAUACCGCCACGACAGAGUUUUCGCGUUGUUGCAGCGCCGCUGCUUCCGGCUUCGCCGUUGAGUAUUUGGGAGGAGAUGGGGCCGUUGGAUGGAAGGGUGGGUGUUUGGCUUGA